GCUGUUCCUGAAAGUGGUGUGAGGAGGCGGAUGGAGUCUGUGGAGAGCAGAGAUUUUUUUUUAAAGAUUAAUUCCAUGUCAUCCGAGAGGCUCGUGUGUAACGGUGUAGUGCGCAAUCACAGGUUGAACCAACCCUUUUUUCUUUUUUCUUUUUUACUUUAUCUCCGCAUCUGGAUUGCGCACGGGGGCUUUGGCACUGCGCGCACCAGGAGCAGAGGGAUUGUGCCGGGAGCUGCCAAGUGUUUCCAAGCGGUGAAGUAGACCAGCAGAAAGGAUUUUCUGCUGUGGAGUUUUAUUUCUAGCGCGCAACUGGUUGCAUUGUUUUGUUUUCUUUGUCUUCUUCUUCUUUUCCUUGGAUAGCUUUAGCGCACGGAUUCGAAACGCGGUUCGGUGCCUUGCUCAUGGACACACCGACUCCUCACCGGGGGGUCCGACCCGCGCUGCCCUGCUGCCCUGCAGCCCUCUGAAACAAGCCGUGGCACAUCCACAGGAAUGGAUUUCUGCACGUUUCACCUCGCGCAUUCACCGAUUUGGCAACUUUUGUAAUUUGACGACGCUGUGACAGCGCGCGCCUCCAGCGCGCAUCUCUCGCCAUGACUUUCAUAUGCACAUGCAUUUGAGCCAAACAUAACGUUGGUUCAGUUCCAUUGUUUUUUGUUUUUUGAAACACGUUUUUUUUUUUUCUGUUGAGGCUUCUGAACCUCCCUGUGCACUUAACGAGGAGUUGUGGCGUAAGUCUCGCCGGCUCUCAUGGGACUGGGGCACUCGUCGCGUUGUUUGCUGCUCCGACGGAAGAUGGCGGAGGCGGACGGCUCCGAGAGGCAGCAGCCUGUCACUUCCCCCCUCUCCCAGUCCGCCCAGCCCUCGCCGCUGCCAAAACCAGUGCCCGCGGCCCACCAUGUGCCCUGCGCGCCCCGCACGCCUCAUGGAGCAGCCCCGUCCACCUGUCCCGGCAGGGGCAAGAUUGCCAAGUUCCUCAGCCCGGAGGACAUGACGUCACGGGACUACUACUUUGACUCUUAUGCCCACUUUGGCAUCCACGAGGUCAGGUCGUUCAUGAUGUAUCGCAGCUAUGACAUCUCGGGUUGGCCUUGUCAAUUUGACCAGGAGAUGCUGAAGGACGAGGUGCGGACGCUGACCUACCGGAACGCGAUGUACCACAACAAGCACGUGUUCAAGGACAAGAUUGUCCUGGACGUCGGCAGUGGAACGGGGAUCCUCUCCAUGUUUGCGGCCAACGCCGGCGCCAAACACGUGUACGGGAUAGAAUGUUCAAGUAUAUCCGAGUAUUCAGAGAAGAUAAUCAAGUCCAAUCACCUGCACAAUGUCAUCACCAUCUUCAAGGGCAAGGUGGAGGAGGUGGAGCUUCCCGUGCAGAAGGUGGACAUCAUCAUCUCGGAGUGGAUGGGCUACUGCCUCUUCUACGAGUCCAUGCUCAACACCGUCAUCUUCGCCCGGGACAAAUGGCUGAAACCCGGAGGCCUGAUGUUCCCCGACAGGGCCGCUCUGUACGUCGUCGCCAUCGAAGACCGGCAGUACAAGGACUUCAAGAUUCACUGGUGGGAGAACGUGUACGGCUUCGACAUGAGUUGCAUUCGCAACGUCGCCAUCAAAGAGCCGCUGGUGGACGUGGUGGAUUCCAAGCAGCUGGUGACCAACGCCUGCCUGCUGAAGGAAGUGGACAUCUACACUGUGAAGCCGGAGGACCUGGCCUUCACGUCAGCCUUCUGUCUGCAGAUCCAGCGCAAUGAUUAUGUCCACGCCCUGGUCACGUAUUUCAACAUCGAGUUCACCAAGUGUCACAAGAAGACGGGAUUUUCCACCGCUCCAGAUGCUCCCAACACACACUGGAAGCAGACGGUGUUUUACUUGGAGGACUACUUAACUGUCAAGAAGGGAGAGGAGAUCUUUGGCAGCAUUGCCGUCCGGCCCAAUGAGAAGAAUGUGCGUGACCUGGAGUUCACCCUCGAGCUGGACUUUAAAGGACAACUAUGCGAGGCCGCAAUUUCCCACGACUAUAAAAUGCGUUAGUGACAACGACGACGACGGCGGCGACGACGACAGCGGUGCUCUGGUGCGGACCUUCCCUCCGCCCCUCAGGACACACCUACACGAGGGGGGAGGGCACAGGCUCUCCGACGAAAAAAACAACCCCCAGUUGGCCAGCGAGGGUGACACGACGACGCAUCUGAUUGGAUGCCGUUGUGCCAGCCCCUUCGUGAUGUCAUCAGUAGAGGCAAGUAUCUAUCAGCAAUAGCGCCAUCGCCAACUUGAACCAACUGUAUCGACCCGGGCACACCGUUGAAUGUAACCUCCUACAUGAACUUGAUUCUUGUUGUCUCCCUCUCUUACUAGUUUCUGGGAUUUUAAAUCAUUAUGAGUGUAAAAAAAUUAAUAAUAAUAAUGCGUUGUGCAGCUACUUGAAAAGUAUUGAUCUGUGUGAUGUUUGAGGGGUUACAGCACAGACAUUUACUGUUUUUUUCUCAAGCGUUUAGUUAAGAUUUAUCAUUUAUGCACUGCAUAAUUGUUUUGAAGGUACAGUAAUUGAUUGUUUUAUCUAAUUUAUUUGCAUGCAGGUUUUUUUUCUUCCCUUUAUUAACCGCAGAAAGAUGAAAUGUAACUGAUGUUUUUCUUUAAUUGAGAACAUCUGUACCAGAAGAAAAGAGAACAAUGCCUCAGAGCAGAAACCAACACAGAUGCAAUAUGUUAUGAAACAAUUUGUUUUGGAGACAAGAGUAUGAAGAAUAUGAACAAAGAACGUCGUUAUGAUGAAUAAAGUGUCAAAGAAUCAA